GCGGCCCCGGCGGCGCCGCGCACCUUCGAGUGGAUGCGAGUGAAGCGGAGCGCGCCCGGCAGAAGCGGCGCGGCGCCGUGCGGGGCGCAGCCCCCCUGCUGCCCCGUGCGCACCAGCUUCAGCACGAAGCAGCUCACGGAGCUGGAGAAGGAGUUUCACUUCAGCCGGUACCUGUCGCGGGCCCGCCGCCUCGAGGUGGCCCGCUCGCUGCAGCUUCGCGACGCCCAGGUCAAGGUCUGGUUCCAGAACCGCCGCAUGAAGCAGAAGCAGCGGGAGCGGCAGUGCCUGGCGGCGCCCCCCGCCGCCGCGCCCAUCCCCGCCGCGCCGGGCCGGCUCCCCCCCGCCGCGCCGGGCUCCUCCUGA